CUAUAUUUUGUCAUUUCCCCUUAACACCCUAUGAUUCAAAUCUUCAUUUAAUACGUGAUAACUUUUUAUUAAUUGAAAUUUUAAUUAAUCAAAAUUCCAUUAACCCAGCAAUCAAACCCGAAUCCUAAUAACUUUGGGAAACUCCUAAACACCCACUAAACAAAUUUCCAGAUUAACAAAUUCCAUCCAUUUUAUUACUUAUUGCAUCAGUUGAUUUUGCAGUAGUGUUUUUUUAUAAAAUAACAUAGGAUAUUUAUGGCUGAAAUUAAUGGGCAGAGACAGGUACUCAAUGCUGUGCAACUUUGAAAUUAGUUUGUUUGUGGUAGUUCCCCUGGAAGAAAUCAAAGACAGUGGAAAACAUGCUGGAAGUAUUGUCAUCAGGCGUCUUUUUAACCAGCUCAAAAAUAUUAAGGUUGCAGAAGGUUGCGGAUACUUUCUGAAAAUAACAAAAGUGAAGAGCGUAGGCCGUGGAAAGUUGUCAAACUCAUCGAAAUACCUCAUGUUCCCUGUAACUUUCUACAGUUGUACCUUCUUACCUAGAACCGGGGAAGUCUUGGUUGGUAUUGUCACCAAGGUUAGCAUGGGAGGAGUCUUUCUGAAAUGUGGACCUAUGAACUCUAUUUAUCUCACUCGUCGGAAGAUGCCGAAUUACAACUAUGUUUCAGGUGAAAACCCGUUCUUCUUAUCCGAUGAUCAGUCAAGGAUUGAGAACGAAGUGGCUGUCCGAUUUGUUGUGUUCGGUGUGAGAUGGAGUAGAACCCGUGUUAGGGAAUUCAAUAUUCUUGCAAGCAUAGAUGGUGAUUCUCUUGGGCCAGUUUCACUGAAUGGAUUUGAUGGACUAGAGCUCUAAAGUUCUUAACAGGAAAGGAAAAGGAAAGUGCUUUGAUAGAGUGUAGUUUCUCUUACCAAAUCAGAAAGAGGAAAAGAAAGAAACUUUAUAUAUGCUGGCUUGCUUUUAGUAUAUGAAUGAGUUAUCAGUGAAAUUAAACUUGUGGUGGUGGUGGAGUUAAAAUAGUGAAAACUUUGAACCUUUGAACAAUUUUUCAUUUUCUUUAAGUUUGUGUUUUUAUCAGAGACUUUGUAAAAACAAUUUACUAGAUUUCCUUUUUGUUUGUUUA